AUGAUCAACAUUCGCUGACAUUUUGCGUGAAGCACGGAGUACGCCUGCUGAAAUUUCAUAGUUUUCUCCCAAAUUUGCUUUCUUUCAUAGUGUGAAUAUGGCGAGUCAAACUCAAGGAAUCCAACAGCUUCUAGCCGCUGAGAAACGCGCCGCAGAAAAAGUUGCCGAAGCCAAGAAACGGAAAGCCCGCAGGUUGAAGCAAGCCAAAGAAGAGGCUCAAGAUGAAAUCGAAAAGUACAGGCAAGAACGCGAAAAACAAUUCCGUGAAUUUGAAGCACAGCACAUGGGCUCGCGAGAGGAUGUUGCUGCACGGAUAGAGGCGGACACAAAAAUCAAAAUUGAGGAAAUGAACAAGGCUAUAGCUCUAAACAAGGAUGCUGUCAUUAAAAAGAUUCUCGAACUUGUAUGUGACAUCAAGCCGCAAUUGCACCCCAACUUCCGUGCCACCAAGUAAGGCGUCUGUCAUGUUUCAUCUGUUGUUGAUCAUGGAAUAAGCACAACAAUAAUUUUUUAAUGGUGUUUAUUCAAAGUUGUUCAGUAUUGAAUUAUAUUCCCAAUUAUCGAAUCGUAAGAUCCUACUGAAUACUCCGUCGAACUUUUAAAAAGCAUUAUCAUUGUUAUUCAUUGUUCCCUCUCCAACUUUUUGUUAAAAUUUUAUGUUAAUAACUUGCGUUUAAUUUAGUAUUUGUUAUCUGUGAAGGAAAUGAGUGAAAUGUAUACUUACGUAAUCGUUAAACCUUGAUGCAUUUAAUUUCAAUCUUCAUUACUUCUUCCUCUAUUCAAAAGGGACAACAAUCCGAAUUUUUAAGUCCCUCUGAAUGAAAUCUCGAGUAUUUUAAAUCCUCAAACUAUCCAUUUUUCAAACAUUUUAUGCUGCAAAUUUAAAAAAAAAUGUGAUGAAAAAUAGUGAACAUUUUUGCUUAUCUGACAGUCUUGCAUCAAAGAACUGUUUUUAGGCAUGUAUGUUUCAGCCGCCAACUGCAAGAAUGCCCUUACAAAACCUUUGUUGAGUGACCUGUCACUAAUUUUCACACUGUCAAAAUUAUUUAUUUUCAUGUUGUUGCUACCAAGAAUUUCUAGAAAAUUCAUCGCAGAGACAAAACCUCUUUCCUUAGUUUUGUUCUAGCGUUUUGACUGUCUUUAAAAAAUAAUCAGUACACUUAGUUCAAACGUUACAGCCAAAGCUUGAGUGUGAUCAAUGAUGGAUAUCCUCUCAAAGGUCUGAAGUAGCGCUGACUUGAAUUUGGAUUGACCACCCCUCAGAUGCUUUGAAAUUCUAAAAAAUCACCACCAGACCCUCUCAGUAUGCAGUGCAGCGGUCAAUAUAUAAAAAAUGAGUUUCCUUGUACUUUUGGAUUGUUGUUCUUUUCUUCUUUUUAAUUUUUAAUCAAGGGAUAAUCAGUCAUAAUCGCGUUUUUGUCUACUGGUAGAAGGUCAAGGGUCAAACUUUCCAUCAUCCAACCGUACGAAGUGCUCCUUCAAUGCUUAUUCACUGCCGAUUUAUCCACACAGUUGUUAAGGAAAAUUACAAUUUGUUGAGUGCUCUACCAAACUUGGAACGUAAUUACUGUAAUGUAUCUUGCAUGAUUAAUCCCGCCGACUUUUCGUCAUCAUUUCAAUUUCUAGACUUUUUUUUACAAAUCAUAGCUACUGGGCAACAAAUGUAAUUCUAUUCAUUUCGCUUGAAUCAUAGGGAAGCAACUGCAUAGCAUAUUUGCCAAGAUAAUUUUUGUUUUCCACUUCAACAGGGCUAAGACAAGCAUCACCUCCAGUGAUUUAAGUCAGCGGUUUCAUGGAAAGCUUUAUACCCUACAAAUAAAACUGUACAUACUGCUCAUAUUUUUCACAGAAACACAUUCAGCUCCGAAUUAAGUUGACCCUUGCGUUAAGUUUAUCUUUAGGUGACUUUCUAUCGAACUUGGGUUAAAAUAAUUUAGCGAACUCAGAGCAGUCAUUUUAAUGAACUGGUCUAGCUCUGCUGAAAGUGUACCCUCGACCGUACUCCAGUUUGCUUUAAGUUUGUGAAACUGUUCUAAUGGAAGUUUGCCCACAUAGACAAAACGCUUUGUUACCAUUCUCCUUGGCUCAAAAAAAUAUAAAACGUGUGAAAGAGCAAUACAAAGUGAGUUCAAUUCUAGCACCUGUACAUUUUGCAGGGAGUUUGCUAUUCAAUUGAAAUAGUUACAGAUUAACGGAGUCCUGAUCUUAGAACAACCUUCCUCUGUUAAUUGAGGGCUUGUGACAUUCCAGUUAUUUUUAUUUUCCCUAUUAGUUAGUUCCUUCUUUAAAUUGCGGAAUUUUAUUCAAGCCAUUCAGACAAAAAAAAAAACCAACGAACCAUGAACAAGAGAGUCUCGUCUCAGAAAGUAAUAAGUUUCAUAACAAUGUUGCUUAUGAAAACUGUGUUUCACAGAAGUAGAAUUCCUUGAGUUAUGUCAAGAAUCCCAUCAUCCCAGGUAGUAUUCUUCCAUUCACCUUCAUCAAAAUAUUACGAAAAGAAAGAUAUGUCACCUUCAUUUACGGUGGUCUGUAUUUCACCAAACGCUGAAUAAAUUAGGAAAGUUAAAAGAGACAACUCUGUUGAAUAAGGUCCAAUCGACAGAUUUUAAGUUGAAAGUGCAUCAAAGCUGAUAAAUCUUUCUCUCUCACUUGCUUUGGUUGAAAUAUAGCCACUACCAUGGAAUUCUUGUUUAACUAUGUUUUUAUUUUACGUAUGCAAUAAAAUUUUAGUGUUAGAUCACUCAAAGUUAUUUUGAAGAAGGUAAUCGAAACUCUCAAAGUGUUAAAGUGUUAAAUUCAUUCAUUUUGUGAAGUGUGUAAAUAAAAAAUUUUAUUGUAA